GUCACUAUUAUUUAGAGGUUGCUUUUUUGAGAGUUUGUCAGUGACUUUUUAAAAUGAAAAGUUUGGGCUCUAUGCCUGUUUAAAUAUCACAGUGACUGACUCUACAUCCUUCCUCAAAUCUGGAAAAUACUCUUCCUAACACAGAAGCCAAUUAUGAUUACACUAGUGUCAUGCUCUGCACAUGAGCCAUGUCAUUUUCAGUACUGAACCGUGCAUUGCAACUAUGUUCUGCUAUGCCCUGGCUGAAACAAUUUUAUUUUAUUUUGUCUGUUGGUUGGAAUCCUUUAAAAAAACAACAACUAAGAAUGGGGAAAGCAUUUUUUAUCAUUAAAAGUUAAACUGAUUUGUAGAGGCAUGAAAACCGCAUGCCAUUGUGUUCCUCACAUUUUACAAAGUUGUGUGUACUAUGUUUAGAGUUCUGGCAAUGGUCAGUGACAUUGAUACAUGGAUUUUAAAACUUACAUGGAACAACUAAAUUUCUAAACAAGAGUUAUGGAGUCAACCUUGUUUGAAAAUCAUACUUCGGUGCUCUUGCCUGGAAGAUGUCCGUAGAUGCGCAAGAAUAAUUCCUCGCCCCUUAUUUUAGAGAAAGUGUGGAGACAGUAGCACUCUGCACAUGUGUAAUGGCACACCUUUCCUUAAAAAGUGCCGCACACUCACUUCCUAUGAAAACAUGUCAGGCUAAAAACUGCAGCCCAACCCACCCGAAAUGUUAUCACCAGCGGCCCCUGAUGUAACUCUUCUUGUUUAAAUCCAAUUCAAAAUCUGUUGUUCUAAUUGAAGCAGGUAGUGAUAGGUAGCAAUGGGGGCGGGAUACGGCUCGCACCGGGCACCGGUGUGGUUUACUACGGUACUUGGCUAGCUCUUAAAUUCAAAAGAGGCUGCAAAUUCUAGAGGAGAGUUGAUAAAUAAACUUAGGGAGCAAAGCCCCGCUCAACAAUGCAGGGCCGGCUUCCGAGUCACCCAACUGCCUAUUGCGAAGCUUCCCGAACCAAGAGGCCAAGAUCUCGGGUUCGGUGCGAGCGAUGGGCGGCCUCCCUCCUUAACGGGGCGCCCCUCCGCCCGGGCAAACCGGGAGCGCGCGCUGCGGAGCGCCGGGGCGGAGGCGAGGCGGCGAGCACGCGCAGGCCGGGCCCGGCCGGCCUCUCUCCUCAGUCGCUGCGUCGUCGGCCAUGGCGGCGGCGGCGGCCUCGCAACGGGAUCCUGCCGGGGACUGGCAGGACUUCUCGGGCUUCCAGCCCCCGGCCGAGGAGAGCGGCUGCCCGGAGGCCCCGGCGACGUGUCGGGAAGGGGGCUCUUGGGGCGGCGGAGGAGGAGGCAACGACCUGGCGGCCCAACUGCCGCUGUGCUUCCAGGCGCCGCCGCCGCCGCCGAGCUGCGCCGAAGGGGAAGCGCGGGUCCCGCCGAGGCCUCUCAGCGACCAGAGCGCGCUGCACGAAGACGAGUGAGUGGCCGGGCCGGGGACCCUUCCGGGGAGGGUGCGUGACGGGCCCGCCUCCCCCCCAGGCCGGUGUGGCCUUUUCGGGACGGGUGCAUAGUUUGGGGGGCAAAUAUUAACGCCCUCGGGGAGCGUCGGCCCUCAGAGGCUUCUCCCCGCGAAGAGCUGGCGGUUGGGGAUAAGGGGCUGCUGGGAGCGCAGAAUCGCCCCCUCGAGGAGGCGGGAGGGAGCUGCGCCGCCCUCUGCAUUCCCCAGCACUGCGCGGUCCCCGAGGCCCUUGAGGAAGACGUCGGAAUGCAACACUAGGGUUGGUUGGGCAACGUUCGGCGAGCUCGGCCUUUUGCUCGUGAGGGGGGGUUGCUCGGAAGCUCAGAGCGGUUUCCUGUAGGUAUCGUGCCAGCUUGCGCGUGCCAAGGGUUGGACUAGAUGACCCGUGGGGACCCCUUCCAACUCUGCCAUUCUAUGAAGCUUCUUUAGUACGUCAGGACUCGGCCACGCAGGCAAGCUUUUUUCUAGUCCCCCAGAACCGGGUUCCAGUUUACAGCGGGGACUUCUCUGUCUGGUGGAAGGAGAACUAUCUGUGCGCAGAAAACUGCCCUUUGAUUUAUUUAAGGAGAGGCCCUUUACAAACCCGUCCAGUCCCAGAAGACGUGUUGGCUCUGCAUGUUUACUCGCUGCAUUCAGUGGGGCUUAUUCCUGGUCAAAAGAUUGCAGCCUCAGGCAGGGGAAGCUUCCAUACACAGACAUGAUUUGUUGCUUCUAAACCAUAAUAUUUGAGAACCAGCUUGUCAGUGUUCUUAAAACCUCUUGCUCACUAGUGGUUUCUCUUUAAAGUCUGUGGAACUUUAACUUUGUCUUUUUAUGUUGUUUGCUUUUUAGCAGUUUGUCAUCUGCUCUGAUUUGUUCUCCAAUACAGUUAAUCCUCUCUCAUUAGAUUCUCUGUUUAUAAACACAUAUUCUCUGGGUUGCCCCAAAAGUAGUAAGUCUUUGAGGAAUAAUUAUUCAGAGCUCUUGUGAACUCAGAUAACACAGUCCAGUUACUGGAGACAAAAAACAUGUCAGCUAUUUGUGUUGCUGACUUGCUGGUGAGCUUCCCAGAGAAAGAUGAUUUGACCACUGUUACAGACAAGAGUACAGUCUAACCGAGCAAGACAAUUGUUAGAUUCUUGCCUCUGCGCAUGCAAAACUAAUUGCUGCUGUUAUUGACGUAUCUACAUUGAGGGGGAAAAGUAUUUGAUCUCCUGCUAAAUUUGCCCGUUUGCCCUCUGACGAAGAAAUGACCAGUCCAUAAUUUUAAUGGUAGGUUUAUUGUAGCUGUGAGAGACAGAAGAACAACAGCAAACCCCCCAGAAACCCAGAAGACAAAAGUCAGAGAUUGAUGUGCAUUAUAAUGAGUGAAAUAAGUAUUUGAUCCCCUGUCAACCAGCCAGAUGUCAGGCUACCUGGUAUCUUCACUGUAUGCAACGAGCUGAGAUUAGAAGCACCUGCUGUAAGGGAGAGGUCUUACCUGUAAUCACAGCUCGUUACAGUACCUGUACAAAAGACACCUGUAGACAGAAGCAAUCUAGCAGAUUCCAAAGUAGCCACCAUGACCAAGACCAAAGAGCUGUCCAAGGAUGUCAGGGACAAGAUCGUAGAUCUGCACAAGGCUGGACUGGGCUAUAAGACUAUUGCCAAGCAGCAUGGUGAGAAGGUGACAACAGUUGGUGCAAUAAUUCGCAAAUUAAAGAAACACAAAAUAACUAUCAACCUCCCUUGGUCUGGGGCUUCAUGCAAGAUCUCAUCUCGUGGAGUUGCAAUGAUCAUGAGAACGGUGAUGAAGCAGCCCAGAACUACACAGGGGGAACUUGUCAAUGAUCUCAGGGCACCUAGGACCAUGUUGUUGUUGUUUAGCCGUUUAGUCGUGUCUGACUCUUCGUGACCGAGAAGAGAACACCUAGGACCAUAGUCACCAUGAAAACAGUUGGUAACACACUACGCCGUGAAGCACUGAGAUCUUGCAGAGCCUGCAAGGUCCCCUUGCUCAAGACAGCACAUUUACAGGACCGUCUGCAGUUUGCCAAUGCACAUCUGAAUGAUCCAGAGGAGAACUGGGUGAAAGUGUUGUGGUCAGAUGAGACCAAAAUCGAGCUCUUUGGCAUCAACUCAACUCACUGUGUUGAGGAGAAGGAAUGCUGCCUACGACCCCAAGAACACCUUCCCCACCGUCAAACACGGAGGGGGACAUAUUAUGCUUUGGGGGUGUUAAGGGGACAGGACACCUUCACCGCAUCAAAGGGACGAUGGACGGGACUUGGAGAGGAUUUGCAAAAAGCAGUGGGACAAAAUACCUCCUGAGAUGUGUGCAAACCUGGUGGCCACCUACAAGAAACAUCUGCCCUCUGUAAUUGCCAAAAGGGUACUAAUUGCCACCAAGUACUAAUUCAUCUUUUGCAAAGGGAUCAAAUACUUAUUUCACUCAUUAUAAUACACAUCAAUCUCUGACUUUUGUCUUCUGGGUUUCUGGGGGUUUUCCUGUUGUUAUUCUGUCUCUCACAGCUACAAUGAACCUAUCAUUAAAAUUAUGGACUGGCCAUUUCUUCGUCAGGGGGCAAAUGGGCAAAUUUAGCAGGGGAUCAAAUAAUUUCCCCCCCUCACUGUAUGUUAUCACCUUAAAAGGGAAUAACCUUAAAAGGGAACACUGUAUGUUAUUACCCAGCAAGGGAAAUCCACAUGCAGAAGCAAGUAUACUUCCAUGGACACAUAGGCAUUAUAAAUGUGCAUCAUGAAAUCCAUCUGGGUCCCAUUGAACUGGCUGGAUAUAGCUUUUUAUUUACCUAAGGGUGGGGGGUAGGAAUGAGUAUUACCAUCUGGGCCACAGCUUAUUGCACACAAGUAAGGAUGGGUUAGGGCCAUUCCAUCUUAGCUGAGAGAUUCAUUUUUAUUGUUAUGUAUGUAGUUCCAAAAUGUUUGAUUUUGGAACCACUGUGGGAUUCACCUGGUUAAUGCAUUUUUAAAACCACGGUGUUGCUCAGUAUAUUUGUCAGAUUUAAUAUAGUAGUUGCUGUAUAGCUUGAAGGCUAAAAUAUAAUUUAUUUUCCCCCCUCAGGAUUUGGAAUGCUCUGACAGAUAAUUAUGGUAAUGUAAUGCCAGUUGAUUGGAAGUCUUCACACACCAGAGCACUGCAUUUGCCAACACUGAAUCUUUCUGAAAAGGGAGUAAGUACACGCCUACAAUACUUUCUGAACAGCUUUCUCUUGAAUGCUUGAUGCUGUGGCACAUAACCACAAUGUUGUUGCAUCAUUUGUCAAAUAAAGGAACUUUUGACAUAAAUUCUCAAUAUCCUGUUUCCAUCCUGAGGCUGCCUCUUAAAAAAUAUAUCUGCCAAAUUUCUAUGAUUAGAAAUGAGAGUCGACGUAUUUACCUCUUUGCCUUGGCCUUUUGACACUUGAGUUGUAUAUUUUCAGCACCCACCCUAUUUUUUGUGACUGCGGAUGAACAGUGGGUAAUAAAGUAAUAAUAUUUAACAUUUAUUUCACUCUUGCAGUUGUGUGCAAACUUUUAUGCAAUGUUAUGUAAGUUCUAUUUAAGUUAGUGGCUGUUUGUUUAUAUUUGUUCAUCGCUUUUUCGGAAAAAAAUUAAGCGACUUAGAACGUAUUAAAAUACUGAACCAUGUUGUUUUGUUUCCACUGCUUUGCAGUGCAAUCCUAUGCAUGUUUACUGAAAAGUAAGUUCCAUGGAGUUGUGGGGCUCUGAGGUCAGUGGGUUUAGGAUUGCCUUUGGUUUAAAGUGAUCACGUAUUUCUUGGAAGGAUUUAGGAUCCCAAAACAAUAGUUGGGAUUUGGCACAUAAUGUCUUGAUGCUUUUAAUAAUGAUUUUCUUACUCUUCUUUUUGUUAUAUAGGUUAAUGACAACAUGAACCUUGACUUAUCAGAUGAUGAAGAGUUGAGAGAGCAACUAGACAUGCAUUCUAUUAUAGUUUCCUGCAUCAAUGAAGAACCACUCUUCACAGCUGAGCAGGUAAAGAACGGAAAGCACCCAUGCAGCUUUGAUAACAGAACCUGAUAAGCUUCUUAUCUCUCUAAUGGAAGAAAUACUAAACACACUUGGAGACAAACUAUAGGAAUGCAGGAAUGUAACCCAAAGUCCAGCCUUUGCUAUCAUAUUGUAAUUUUGUUUGGAUUUACAGGUAUGCUUCCUUCUCAUAAAAAGACACAAAUGAAAUAUCAGGAGAAGAUUUGCCUCAUAUGACAAUAUUUUAUAUUGAAGGAAAAUGCUUAGAAAGUUAUCGUUAAGUUUUGAAAAUCAGCCCUGAAUGUUGUGUCUUUGAUUUUCUAUAACUCUGUGUUUGUGUGUUUACUUUGAAAGGUGAUUGAAGAAAUAGAAGAAAUGAUGCAGGAAUCUCCAGAUCCAGAUGAUGAAGAAACACCAACCCAGUCAGACCGCCUGUCCUUACUGUCCCAGGAAAUUCAAACGCUUAAGAGAUCUAGUACAAACCACAAUUAUGAAGAACGUAAGGAAUCCUUCUGCUGUAUUUUGCAUUUGAUUUCCUCUUCUUACAAACUGUUCAAUGUUUGAAAGAGCAUUUCGCUUCUAUACACACAGUUAGGCAUGAUUUUCAUUAGAUGCCUUGAUUGCAUGAUUUGUCUGAAGAGGUCAGAACAGUAAGUCAUAUGUUUCUGAUCUGUCAAAAUAAAACAUUUUCCAGAACACUUUCCUGCAUUUUGUCAGGAGUCUUUUUGCUUUUUUUGGAGCUUGCCUGAUUAUGGAAUAGUUUGCAAUGAGCUGGGAUUCUUCUGAAGACCUUUAUGCUCCAGUGUACUGCAAUGCCAUCUUCACAUAACAGGGUUUUGUCUGUAAAGGCUAAUGCCUGUAUGGCACUGAUCUCCAUCUGGAUAUAAUAAAUAUUAUAAGGAAACUUUUUAAAGCAAAUCCCAGUUUGUGUAACAUACAGAAGUUUGCCUCAUAUACCCAAAAGUGAUAUUCUCCCCCCCCCCAAAAAAAGUAUUUUCCAGUAUAGAAUGAUGAACACCUGAUUUACCAUGUUUCAAUUUAUUAUGUUUGCCUAUCUUUCUCUUGGUAGUUUCGCUGUUAUGUUGUCUACAGAUAAGGCCAAGUGGAAGUGGAAGCAGACUGUAUUUGGUGAUGCGCAUGUCUGUAAUUCUCUGUAGAAAUACAGUCUUGAGGAAUUUUAGUUAUUCAGGAUAACUAAACAUUUUUCUGCCCCAUCCUGAUAGGCUUUCUCCUCCUAUAAGCAGCUGUUGAGUAGGACAGAUGUACACGUUGUCCUUAAAACUGGUGACACCUCUUGAAACUAACAUUUUAAUUCUUCUGGUCAACAGUCAGGGAUGAUGCAAGUAGUCCAACAACACUUGGAAGGUGAUUGCUUGUCCACCCCUGAUAUGCACCAUCACAUGUGAAGUGAGUUGCAGUUGCGGAAGAGUGUUUCAUCAUAAGUUCAUAGAUUUGGCAGCUGUUGCUCUUUGGGUGCAUUUGUUGGGAGCAAAGUAUUGGAUCUAUGCUGCUUUUGAUAUGCAUUAUUAUACGCAACAUUUUUUUUGUUCUCUUUGGAAAACAGGUGUGAAAAAUCUAUCUGUGACAGAAUUAAAUGAUCUGUUAGAAGAGAUUGAGACCGCCAUCAAGGACUACUCUGAGGAGCUAGUACAGCAGUUGGCACUACGAGAUGAGCUGGAAUUUGAGAAGGAAGUAAAGAACAGCUUCAUCUCUGUCCUUAUUGAAGUACAAAACAAACAAAGAGAACAGAAGGAAAUGGCAAAGAAGAAAAAGAAACUGAAAAAUGGCAGUCCUCAGAAUGGCAAGCAAGAGAGGAGUCAUAUGCCUGGAACAGUAAGAACGUUGUCCUUUGUGUCUGUAGAUAUAAACCAAAUUAGAAUUUUAACUCUAGUUGAUCACUUUCUAUCUACGUCUUACUUCUUAAAGUAUAUACAGCUCCUGUCUUUCUGGUUGCCAUUAUUGGGGAAUCUCAUAGCUUCUGAUUAGCAACUAUGACUUCAUCAAACUGUAACAGUUAUACAUUUACAGUGGGCUCUAUUCAACAUAGUGCUAAUCCUUGCAAUAGUACAACAAUUCAGUCAAAUACUUAGAAGUUGUACUCCUUAUGGAUAAACACUGCACUUACUAUGUUCAAGGGAAUGCAUACUGUACAUGCUCUGUUUUACCUGCUUGAGCAACUUGUAAGGAGUAAAGAGGAAUGAUACUGCCCUGGGAAUUCAGAAAAUGAUGGAAACCUAUCAGUCUAAAAUCUAGAAAUCCGAAGUACAGAGGUCUUGGUAGUAAUUUUUCAUUAGAGUGAUUACAGAAAUGGAAUAGAAGUUAAGUUGUGCACAAGGAUGCAGAACUGUUGGACAGAUUUCAGUAACUGUCAUUGCAACAGCAUACAUACCCUUUGCCAUAUAAAGUUUUCCACAUACCCCAUCUCCUUUCAUUAGCCUUCUUUUUUCUCAAUUCUGUAUGUCUUCUAUGUCCUGCUCAAGCCUCUGCCUCCUCCAGUUGCUCAGGGAUCACACAUUAUUUUGCCAGUGUUGUCAUUAGCAUGUAGAGGCCCCUCAAAACCCUUUUCCAGGUAGACUACGACUUAGAGAUGCGGGAGUACUUAACACAUACAGCGCAUCCUCUUAAUGUCAGGGACUUUGGGGGACCAGAAAGAUCCUGCCACAGAUUUUAGUAAGAUCUGUGCUUAGUAGGAUUGUGCUAUAGUGUCAAGUAAGCUUUGCCUCAAGGCAUUAUACCUUCAUUAAAAAUAAAAAAAAUAGCUAGGGAGUAGGUGCUUAAUGAAAGAUAUUUAUGAAGGUCUUCAUGUAUAAAUAAUAUUGCCAUAAAAAGGACAGAGCGCUUUUAAUAGUAAAUGCAUAAAUAACAGCAUUAAUAGACUCUGCAUUGGCCAGGAGAUUGUUUAGUCAUAAGCUUUGUUAAUUUUAGGAGGAAUAGGAACAUGUACCAUAAGUGACUGUCAUUUUAAAGGUCAAUCUGCUCCAGAGAGAAGUAUACAGAUGCUCAAACAUCAUGUGCUAGAGCACCAAGGAGUUUCUAGUUGAACCCUAGAGAUGCGUCCGAGGCACAGUCUUUUUCGCUACCUUUGUUCACAUGUAUCAUGUGUACCAUUUACAUGUGAUGCAAUCUGCAUGUCUUUUUACUUGAGUACGGUAUCUAAGUUCAAAAAGUGGCCCUAAUCGCAAGUGGUACAAAGGAUGAGAGAGGUUCUGGCAUUGCACAGGGCCUUGUGGCCUGCUUAUCUGUGAGAGGGGCUUGAGGAGAUGCAGGAGGACAGCCGGGAGCUGCCCCUAAAUGCUACCCUCCCUUUUGCAACCUCUUUAUGCUGCUCUUUGUAGGAAAAAGGUCUGUUGGUAUGCAACUCCUCUUUCUGGUAUGCAACUCCUCUUUCUGCUCCCCUCCUCAGCCGAGGCAAGAGUAGUUUCGAGAGGGGUGCUUUUUGCAUUGGAAGGAUUUCCAGCUGCAGUCUCUGCAAAAGAUGCUGGAACUAAAAAUGCUGUAUGAGAUGGAGAACAUCUGGUAUACAAAACAAUUGGGUUUGGAACGGGGGCGGGGACUUUUUCAGCCUGAGGGCCACAUUCCAUUAGAAGGUGGAGCUGGAGGUGAAACUAUUAAUAUAAAUGUUAUAUUUGUAUAGUAAGCUAGUUUUUAAUCACAUUUGCAUACCCCUCUCUAUCCUCCAUUAGGACAAGCAGGAGGUAUUAUCAGUGCUCAAGUGCACAUUUCAGCCAGGCAAGAAACACAUGGGGUGCAAAGCAGGGCCAGUGAGUGGUGUGGCCUAGGGAAAGUGCCAGGUGCCAAAGAGAGAGACCUGGAGGGCUGCAUUUGGCCGCCAAGCCUGAGAUUCCCCACCUGCGGGUCGUAAAAUAGAAACUAAGCUGAUGUGUUAAUCAAAAUCAAUGGUCCCUGUGCACCUGCACAUUUUUGGCCUGCAUGAGAAAACGUCUUGCAUUCAAAGCAGUCAAGGCAGAUGGUUGGUUUUAUUCACGUUGCAAUCAUUAAUUACCUUUUUGUGUCAGUGGGGAGGUCAGAACAGAGAAAGGUAGAAUACAAACACGUGACUGCCACUGGCAUCAAACCAUGUUAUGGGAUACACAUGCAGACCUUUGUUGUUGUUUAGUCAUUUAGUCGUGUCUGACUCUUCAUGACCCCAUGGACCAGAGCACGCCAGGCAUUCCUGUCUUCCACUGCCUCCCACAGUUUGGUCAAACUCAUGCUGGUGGCUUUGAGAACACUGUCCAAUCAUCCCGUUCUCUGUCGUCCCCUUCUUCUUGUGCCCUCAACCUUUCCCAACAUUAAGGGUCUUUUCCAGGGAGUCUUCUCUUCUCAUGAGGUGGCCAAAGUAUUGGAGCCUCAGCUUCACGAUCUGUCCUUCCAGUGAGCACUCAGGGCUGAUUUCCUUCAGAAUGGAUAGGUUUGAUCUUCUUGCAGUCCAUGGGAAUCUCAAGAGUCUCCUCCAGCACCAUAAUUCAAAAGCAUCAAUUCUUCGGCGAUCAGCCUGCUUUAUUGUUCAGCUCUCACUUCUAUACAUACAUGCAGACCUUACCCAGUACCAAUCUCCCCAUGUACAUUCACAUGUGCUAUACACACAGCACCCUUUUAAAUGCAAGGGAUCCAGUCAGGGACUUGUUUUUACGCAUGACAUGCCUAUUGGGACAACUAAGUAUACGUUUUUUUAUUUAGGUUUUAAGUGUUCUUCUUUAUUCUACAUGCUGCAUAUUAAUUUAAUGGUUGGUGUGAAUAAAGUAAAAGACUAGCUACUAUAGCAAGGGUGAGGAACUGGAUCCAGCCAGAGGGCCAGAUCCAGAAGUAGUGAACCCUCCAUAGGUUAGUUUGACAGGUGGGCAAACAUCAGGUGUCUGAAGCUUUAGGCUGUGGCUUGCAAAUAAGUCUGUUUUAUGACAUUUAGCAUCUCACAUAAUUCAUGUAGAAAACACUUUGGUAUCAGGUCUGUGUUUAUAAAAUUGUACUAAUGGUCCUAUUUCUAAAUUCUAUAGUUUUUUGCUAAAGAACUAAAUAUUGAAAAAGUAAGUUUUUCUCCGCUUAAACUGCAGUUGCAUUUAUUCAUUCCUAACAGCUUGUCUCUGUCAUUUACCUUGCUUGCAUCUUUAGUAAAUCCUAACUAAUAGCUUUUAAAUUUUUCUGUUCUCCCUUCCCUUUUCCCUCCUGCCAUGUUCUUGCUCCCUAUAGCGGUUCAGCAUGGAAGGGAUCUCAAAUGUUAUUCAGAAUGGCUUCCGUCAAACGUUUGGAAACUCGGGUGGAGAAAAACAGGUGCUGGGCUAUCCUCUGACGCUUUGUUUUUUCCCUUGUGCUAUCCUUUCUGUCUUUAUAUAAAUCAAGGCCUUAAAAAGCUGGCAGCGGUAGCAUUUUCAGACUACAAGUGAUCACCGGAGGGGGGGAGGGGAUAUUAGCAUGCUUACUCGCGUCUUCUCUGCCUUCAAGGCUAUGAUUUGUUUGCAAAGGUUUUCUUUCCUCGGUAGUUAAAGAGCAGACAAGCCUUGAUAUGCACAGAAAAAUUGCAGCAAAUGAACAAUUUCCCUCUAGGGUUCAUUUAACCUCUGAAAAUAAAAUAUAGGCAUCAGCAUAAUACAUACUUGGAAUGAACUGCAUGCAUAAGAAAUCAGCAGUAGAAGGUCAUGUCAGCUUAAAUACUUCAGCACAAGAAGAAAGAAAUGCAUGGAAAUAGUAUAUAGUAAAUAAGACUAGCAACUUCCAAUAGGUUUAAAGCCUCUUUAUUAUGGAUUCUAAAACAUCGCGUGUUUCCUUGGACAAUUUUUUAUUUCAUUUUAAGCAAAUAUAUAUGUAAUCCACAACCCAAAGGGAUAUUAAAUGCCAUAAAUACUUUUUUUCUCCAAACAAUUUAUUAUUAUUAUGCUUUAUAUCCCAAUGUCAGAUUGCUAGACUGUAUUAUAGUAUUGAAAAGGUAUGUCUAAACAACUUUACAAUAAUCAGGGUGGACUAGAUGACCCUAGGGGUACCUUCUAACUCUACAAUUAUGUGGUUCUAUUGAAGAAGUGUGUAUAUAGAGUAGUGAUCAAAAACUGCCACUAUAUAGUAUUGACACAAAUGACCUGUAAGUACUAGGUGUGUAUGUGAUUUUGGCUGGCUUUUAUGACCAGGCAUAUUUGUUUUAGAUCAGACCCACAGCUAGUGCUGUGCUCAUAUUUCCACGAGGAUCAAAUUGUUUAAAAGACAAGACACACAAUUUUUUUUACUAAACACACUCUCAUUUUAAAAAACUCAGAUAGAACAUGUACUUCUAUAUUUGUACAGGCUUUAAAUAAAGGUAACAAAAACAAUUCUGAGACAGAUGGUAUAAGACAAGGUAGCUUUCUAUGUACGCAUUUCAUAGUCUGUGGUUAUCUUUUUAACAGUAUUAAAAUCAUUGGACAGCUUCUCUUUGCAGUUAGCACCACUUAGCAUAAACAUUGGAGUGAGUAGUGACAAUAGGAUUUGGAGAGGGUAAAAUCUAAUUUUGACCAGCCCUCAUCUUGGAGAGUCCUGAAGAGAGGCUGGGAACAUUAGAACUCUUUAAAUCCUGGGUCCCUAAAGAAUAUGGAAGGUAGAAGAGCAGUGAUAAAAACAAGGUUGAAGGUUCAAUCCCUGUAUGGGACAGCUGCAUAGAAUCAUAAAGUUGGAAGGGAACCUGAGGAUCAUCUAGUCCAACCCCUGCAAUGUCUGAGCACACAGCUGUCCCUUAUGGGGAUCGAACCCUCAACCUUGGCAUCCACCACACUUUAAUCAACUGAGCUGGAUGGCCCUCAUAGUCCCUUCCAACUAUAAUUCUAUUGGGUCAGCCUGGAUAGCUCAGUUGGUUAGAGCGAUUUGCAAUCUAAGUCCAGAAGAAGGCCAUGGAGCUAAAAUGAAUGAGCUGGGGUCUUUUGGACUGCUGUGUAUGUUGUCAGUGUCCCCAGUGGAGCCCAUUCCAAGCAGUCCCUGCCAGUGCUUCCAUGGUAGUCCUUAUACUAGACGAAUACAAUCCGUUUGCACACUGAGCUCCUGCAGAUGCCUAGAUCACUGUUCAACUUGGUGCUUGCAAAUUAAGCCCUUCUGUUGAAAUAAAUGCCCAACUUAUUGGCAGAGAACUCUGUGGCUGCAAAAGCCCAUGUACUACUUAUCAGUCUCUGAACUGGAGCAAAGUUUGUAUCAACUUUUGGUGUGGGCAGAGUUUUGAAAGGAGGGGCUGUGUGACAUUUGCUGAGCACGGUUUGGGGUCUCCAAUAUUGUUUGCUGUCAGAACCUUCAACAUUGUUUUAGAAGCUCAUCGUAAGGUAUGUGUACUAUGUACAUUAAUUUGACACCACCUCUGUAGUUUGCAAAAUAAGUAUUUUACUAGUUUGAUAGCUCUCUAUCUCAAAUACAGUACAGAGAUGCUAACAUGCAUAUUUCUUUUUCUGGAAUUUUAAAAUGCAUAAUGCUUCUUUUCAUUCUAAGGUAUUCUGCUUCAGGCAGCAGCUUCUCAGUCAUUCAGGCUGCAGUCCUGAACAUACUUACAGGGGAAUAAGUGGUUGAACAUAGCAGGACUUUCAUAUAGCUCAGUCAGUAGAGCAUGAGACUCUUAAUCUCAGAGUUAUGGGUUUGAGCCCCACAUUGGGCAAAAAAGUCCUGCAUUGCAGGGGGUUGGGCUAGAUAACCCUCGUGCUGUGAUUCCAUGAAUAAACUUGUAUAGGGUUAUGCUAUUUAUUAUAUUCUUACCAUGGGGGGGAUACUCUGUGUAUGUUGCCAUAGGUUAACAAGUCAAUUGGUUUCAAUGGUUGAAAGAGUUUUAAGAUGUUAUUUGCAUGGGUACAGCUCUGCAUAUUGCCUUGUGACCUAUUGGCAAGGAGGGCUUCUUUAUUUCUGAAAUCCCCAAGAGUUCAGUUUUGGGUUUGAGAGUCUACAAAAAAACCCCCAAUGAAUGCCAAAUUUGAAAUUAUGGAGCAAAAAAAUAUUGCCAGUAAAAGCUUCAAAAGAAACAUGUUCAGUUUUCUGAAAUCUGUAUAUUUAUUCAAACCAAUUUGAACUAAAUUCAGAUGUGGAUAAUGUAAGCCCAUGUAUUGGGAACAACUGUGUUGAAAUACAUAAUUGGAAAGACUUGAGUAGUGGGUGGGUGUCUGCCAUAAAACAUUACUACUACUGCUACUAUUUUCCAUUACUAUUAUUACUACUGCACACCUCUGUGUGGCAAUAAUAAAACAUGCCACCAAAGGAAAAAUGCUGAAGAACUAGAGACAGAAUGCUGAUUGAAAGCACCUUGCUUCUUCAGCAGCACAAAGCAGCUGCAGUGGAAAAGAAUACCUAGCUUCAGAGAUGCCUGUCCAAGCAAAAUGGGCUAUGUCCACAAAGUGAAAGCAAAUAAGGGCUGUUCAGUACAGUUGGGCAGCUCAGCUCCCUGGACCUGUUGCCACUGCCACUGAGUAAGCCUGCAUGCAAGUGCAUAGGGGAAGCUAGCACACAACCUUUCCUGGAAGCAGCUGUGGGAGCUGGGCCUGCCAGAAUGCGAUUUCACUCAUCCAAAUAUAUUUGGGUGUGUUCCUUGGUCUGGAUGCUGGUCAGUUGGUUACACUAACUCUUUUCACAAUUCAUGCAGCAAGUCAUUCCAUGGAGGCACCUCCCAACACACACACACACACACACAGAGAGAGAGAGAGAGAGAGAGAGAGAGAGAGAGUUACAUAUAGUAUAUCCAUGAUGAAAAGAUCGAGCAGACAAUUCCUGAACAAAUAUAGUAAUUAUUCUUUAUUAUUGGCAUUUAAAAGAUCUGUGGGUGUACAUUUGGUUAUCCAGGUUAUCAAAUGCAAAAAUAAAAUGUGUGUACUAUCCCAUUAUAACUUCCUUACAGUGCAGAAAAUCUCUAAAAGGAAGAGUUUGGCUAACUACAAUGUGUCAUAUCCAACAGUGUCCAUUGGCAUAAGGAAUCCGUCAGAAGAAUGAGAGAGCACAACAAUUUUCAGCAUUUUGUCUGCAUCAAAUCUGCUUUGCGGAAUCACCAGAAAUGGUUUCUGUCCUCAUUCUGCAAACAGAUUCUUUCCAUUAGUGAGGGAAUGGACACCCUUGGAUGCUACCUUGUAAACAGUAUUCAGGAAUCUAAGAUCAAUUUUGACACACUGUAUUGACACACAUCAUUUUGUUGCUUUCUAGAAUAUAUUUGAAUUGGCUUCAUUGUGUUUAGAUAGAAUUUAGCAAAUCUGGUUUGUACAUAAUGAGAUAUAUUUAUCGUAUGACUGUAAACUGGAAGUUGUGCCCAGAAUCACUGAUGCUAUUUAGUAAUCAUUGCAUUCAUUUGGCAGUACCUGACAACAGUUAUUCCUUAUGAGAAGAAAAGUGGACCUCCAUCAGUUGAAGAUCUCCAAACAUUAACAAAAAGUAAGUAUAUAACAGUGACUACUUUGAAAAGUCAAAUUCUACAUUAUUUUCUCUGGUGUCCGGAAGAGUCAGUGGGGUUGCACAUCUCCCAGUGUAUCAUUGGAGGAAAAUUGCAUUAGAAAAGCAAGCAUUUUAUGUUCUAGACUCUGAAAUAACUAAAAAAUGCUUGGAGUUGAUCAGCAGCCAUAUGCUUGUUCAUGUUACCCAGAGAGGCUAUUAACUGCCCCAUGGCACAGAGAUCAAAUGAAGACUUAUUUAAAAGGUUGUAUCCUUCCUGCAUCUUUUGGUCAAAUCAGUGUUAUUCCCGAGCUCAGAUAGGCAUUAAUAUUCUGAAACUGGUAGAACUAACUUCUACUGUUUAGCUUUAAUCAGCCAGGAAGUUCAGGUACAUAAUAUGUUUAAGCCAAAUUUCUUCAGGUUCGCUGUCUGCAUCCCAAGGUAGCAGUAACUUCCAAGCAAAUAGUUGUCCGAUUCUCCUGAAACAUUUAUUCUCCAGAUUGUUUUUCUGUAUUAAGUACUUGGCAAGGGUCACAGCCAUAGUAAUGAAGAACUAUCCUUUUCUCCAUUCAUACAGUUCAGAGGAGGCACUGUCUAAAGAGUUAACGGUAUUGUUUUCCACUGACUAGCUGCAACUUGAUUCUUGACUCAGUAACAGACUUCCAGACUCUCCUUGCUAACACUGUGUGGCAGGCCUCAAAACAUUUAUUUAGAGCACUAGACUCUUAGCUAUUGAUAUACAAAUAUUUCAGAACGAAACAGUAAAUGUGCUACAAUCCAGUAUAAUUCUACAUAUUUACUCUUAAAUAUUAAGGAGGUUGGGAUGUGUUCUUCAUAAAAGUUGCCCAUUAUUUAACUUCUCUGUCUAGAGAGCUUUUAAUUAUAAAAUGAUUGUUUUAAAAAAAGAAAUCAGAGAGGCUGGCUGAUGCCAACACUUGAGUUGUAAACUUCCCACAAGAGAAAUUUUUGUUCCCUGUACAUUUUUGUAUAGAAUUUAAGAAAGCCACCUUUUUGGAAAUUCAUUAGCUGCAAUUUGCAUUAUCAAAGAAUUGGUGUCCCUAUUUGUAAAUAGUCCAGAUACUGUAAACAGCAGGCUUUUUGCCAUUACUGGACAGUCUGAAUAGAUUGUAUCGAAUGAUUUAACAGAGUAACUGUGCUUAGAUUCAGAAUGCUAUAUUAUGUUUAAAGUUUUUGAAUUCAUUCAAAAAUACUUUCAAAGGCUUAUGUCUUAACCAAGUUUUUUUUUAAAUCUUCCAAAUUCUUAAACACAUUUUUGCAUGCUUCCGACUCUUCGAGCAGCUUCCCAAUUGCAGCUUGCUUUCUUGGAAAUUGGAGGCACUUGCCUACCCAAGUUCUUACUGGAUUUGCAGUGGGUUCAGUGUUCCUUAGGCAUGAAUUAAAACCCUGUAGGCAUGAAUGUCUUUUACAUUCCAAGAGUUCUUUCUUAAAAAGAAAGUGGUGGUUCGAGCAACCAAAGUGGAUAAUGGCUACUUUUGUAGAAGGAUCUUAGGAACCAUCUUUUUGGCACCGCAUAGAAAUCCUUCUCAUUCUUUUAUGAAGGCACUAAAGGAUUAAUUACAGAUAUUAAUCUGUUUGUUUGUUUUUCAAGUGAGGCUUCUAGAAACUGACAAAAGGUUGUGUUUGAUCUCAACACAUUGAAUUUUAUAUUUCAGUAAGGAGAAAACAUGUCCCAUGUCCCUAAAGUUCCAUUUAGAUAGCUUUUCUUCUAGGGUAGAUUCUCAUCUCUUCCUCUCCAGCAGAAAAUCCAGAUACGGCAUUGAACAUUGAUUCACAUAUAUUGAUCUGAAAGGGAAAUAGUAAAAUUAUCCUUGCCGCUUGGCAGGUUAGUACAAGUGGCCAGUUUACCAAAUUACCAGCAUCUGUUGGUUUCUAGACCUAUUGUGGGCAGGGGUUGUUUUGAAUGCACUUGAGAAAUAAUUAUUUUGGUGCAUUGAGGACAAGGCAGCCAGGAAGUGAGCUAUCUACCACUUGAUGACUAUGGAGCGCAACGCUAAAGACUCCAGCUUCCAAUACUGCAGCUGGGCACCCCUGCCCUUGUACCCUGAGAACUUGGGGGACAUUUGUGGGGUCCCCAGGCAAGUAGUGCGAUCAUGGAAAAUGAACCCUAUUAUUAGAGAUUAAUAGAACAGUCCACUUUGUUGAGGAGACAUACACUUGAUUAAAACUAUGGUUGUUUAAUGUUCUUAUCCAUGGUUGACUUGGAUGAAAGUGGGGGGAGGGGGUGAAAUAAUGUGCACAAUAACCUUCAAUACAGUUGCUCUAAUGAGGGGUUUCUAAACAGUUGUCAGUGCACUUCUUUUAGGUAGGAGACUACGUGCCUGUAAAAAUACAGUUAAAAUCACACCUUAUCUAGCACAGUGCAUUGCAAUUGCUACAACAGGCAGAAAAAUCAUUAAAUGGUCCACCAAGACCCUCGGCAAUUUUCCAGUAGUUUGUGUGAAAAGGGUUUGGAAAGCACUGCUCUGAAUGCCAUGUUUAUAUUGACUAAGUUGGUGCUUCUUCCACUGAUCAUCUUCUCCACAUUUUACAGUUCUUCAUGCCAUGAAAGAAGACAGUGAGAAAGUGCCAAGCUUAUUAACAGACUACAUUUUGAAGGGUGAGCUAGUCUUGCAUCUUUUUUAAAAAAAUGUUAAUUUGUAGAGUAUGAAAUAUUUCUACAUUUCAAGGCUUUUAUCCAUUCAGGCUUUUGGCCAAUAAUUUUAUAAAACCAUUUCACUACUAGUUUUAACUGCUGUCUGCAGUAUGUUACAGUGUUUUUAAAACUUGUUUUAUGUAAUAUAAUUAUUGUGAGCUGCCCUGGGGUCCCUUUGGAGAGGAAGGGUGUGAGAUGUGAAUUUGAAAUAGUAAAUAAAUCAAAACACUCUGCUGGCUUCACGAAUGGAGUAGGUGAAGACACAUAGAUGGGGAGAGCUCUGGGAUGUGGAGAUUAAACAUUGGGUGCAGAGACUUAAAAGUCAUUUGUCUGUGCUUUGGAAGUGGUUCAAAGGGCAACGCUUCCUCACACCAGUAUUUUAUAGGGGUUGUAAACAACUUGCCACAUGGAAAAGCUGCUCUCGUGAAAUAUGCCAGCACUAAAAGCUAUGUUGCUCAUGUCUUAAUGAGACCUAUGCAAUGUUUGAGAAGGUUCUAGAGAAUUGUUACAUAUUCCUCAUUAACUGUUUAACUGGUAUUCUUAUAGAAGCUGACAGAAAAGCAGUGUUCUGUUCUACCUGUGCAGUGUUUCAAAGUGGUAUUUUAAACUCUCCACCUUGUGUGUGUUUAAUUUGUGUGAUGGUGUGUGGGGCUGGCCACCAAGCGCAUAAAGCGGCAAUCACACAAGUUAAAUGCGUGCAAGUUGUGAGUCAACUGUAGAGAAAUCUUUCCGUAGUAUGAGGAUUUUUUAGAAAAGGAUUUCUAAGGUUAGGGUGGUAACUUGCAGCUGAAUAAAAAACAACAAUCCAUUAAGCUGGUUUUUAGAAAAUCCAUUUUGUCUUUAUCAUUUGACUUGUCGAAAAAAAGCAAGUACAACAAUGUAAUGCUGUUCACAUACCUGGUGCAAUACUGCUGCAAAAUACUUUUGUGUCAGUUCGAUGUAGCAGUAAGAGUAUAGGAUUUGCAUUUGUGCCUGUUGGAAUUCACGGUGUGAGUGCUAGAAAUGAACUUUAUUGUAGGCUUUGGAAAAUUCAUUGGGCACUGCAGAUAUGCAAAUAGCACAAAUAGGAUAGGGGAUAAAAAAUAUAAAAUGUUAAAAAAUAUGUCCUCAUACACUUUUAGAAACAAUUAUCAUAUUUCUUUUACUUGUGAUUUUUUACUUGGAGUGACAUAUCAGUACAAAUAUGUCUAACAAACCAAACAAUACCCUAACCAAAUAUAUUUCUUUCAAACCAGCAAUGUCCCACAUUAGUAAGCACAAAAUAUAACCUAAAGACCUAUAUAAAAACAGUUCUCAUAUCUAGUAGUAACUCCUGUUGCAAGAAUCUGAAAUGAAACUUUUUAUACCUUCUUAAACCAAUUGCCCAUGCAGUCUGGUGCUGCCAAUAAAGCAGAAUUUUGAAGAGAGAAACUUUUCACCCGAUGCAAUGCUUAAGGCUAAUCAAAUGGAAUACAAAAAGUACUUUUAACCCCUUGCUGGCGUAAAGGUUCCUGAACCUAAAUAAGUAGGCAGUGGAAUGAAAACCAAUGGCAAAAAGCAGCAGCAGAGGAACAGCAAAGAAAAUUGCUUAAAGCUCUGGCAUGCAACAGGGUUGGGAAGGGAAAGGGUUACACCUCUCUUCCAUGUCAAGCUUUGUGUAAAAUGUGUUGAACAUUUGCAAGAGGGAGAAAUUGUUCACCUUCCUGGUUGAGUAUCUGUUGCAGAUUCGACCAAGAAUCUCAUUAGGUUGACUUAAGGUUGGAAAAGAACUUGACACACGAUAACGUUUGUGUGCUAUUAAAGAAAAAAUAUAUAUAUUUGGUGUGGUUUUGAGCUUUGGGUUUUUGUUUCCAACCUUUUGAAUUAAAAUGGGAUUUUAACACUACUUUUAUAGUUUAUUACCUGCAGGGUAAAGAUUUUCUUAAUAAAAAACUGUUUUCAGAUUAGCACAAAAUGUUCAUGAUACUAAAGAAAUAUGUACUUUUUCCUCUUUUGAUAACCUUAAACCUUACUUCUUCAUUUGCUUUUGUGUUGUGCUAGCAUUGGUUUGAAAGCUGGAUUGCUCUGAGGUUUGUGUCUUUUAGCUCUGAAGCAGGAAUGAGGAAUAUGUAAAGGACAUGUCUUGACUCCCGCUGUAAUCUGUCAGUGGAGAGAGUACACUUUGCAUCAGAGUUGUUCUUUCAUUUUUGCUGCAUGGAGUAUCUGAGAGAUCUGCUAGAUAUCUGGACAAUUACUUUUUAAAAGAAUUAUUCUGUGUCACCUAAGACAUGACCUUCUAUUUAACUCAUUUCUGUAAGUAAUUAGUUGAUGGUAGUGUGUGUUCCUUUAUGGAUUUGUUUUGUUUGUGUGAUGGGGAAUGAGGUCCAUAUUCAUUAUGCAUAGCAAUUGCUUCCUGUGAAUUUGGUAACGCUUUUAGAAUAGAGAUCUCAGCAUUCUAGUUUUAUUAGCUCAUAUCUGACACUGUUUUGGGAUGAGCCAAUCCAAAAAUACCUAUAUGCAUAUCUUUAUUCUUUUGCAGUUUUGUGCCCUACAUGAAGAGAGCUGUGUUUGGUGAAAGGCAGCCAGGCUAAUUCCUGUGACAAAGGUUGUUCAAAGCCUUUCAGUUUGGCCCUGUGUUCUCAUGUAUUUACUAUUUUCAUUGCCUGCUUGGACUUUUGAAUCCUGGAGUGAGUCCUCCAGAGUAUGUAGAAUUCAUCCAUUAUUUUCGUGUGAUGUAUUUGAGCAGAGAACAAAUGCUGUACAGUUUUAUCCACAUGCAUUAUUUUGGCUUUUUAAACAGUAUUUUUUACAAACACACGGCAUGUAAUUAUCCUCCACAACAAUCUGAGUCUGUGGAAGAAGAAGAAACUUUAGUGUAAAUAAAAACCUAUUACGUUAAACAGAACUUUAAUAAUAACUGCAAUAGGUUAUUGCAUUAAAUGUGUAAAAUGGCUCAAAAGCUGAACCUGCACUGCAAAAUUCGACUGAAGUUCUUCAUGGGAGACUCUAGAAUAGUGAUAUGGGAACUAGCACUGAACUUUUUUUUUAUGUAAGAGUUAAAAAGAAGUAUUGUUGUGUUUAGUGUUACUGUUUACCGAUUCUCAUCAAUUUUUCAGCACUCUACAGAAGUAAAAAGAGGUAGGGUAUCAUUUUUCCAUUACUGGUUGCUCGCUUAAUGAGAUUACAAUUCAUCAGGAAGUUAUUCUCCGCAAGCCCCACGGAAAUGAAUGGGAUAUGUGAAAGACCACAGUCAGCCUUGCAUGGGAAAUCUUCCUGAUUGAUUUGUUUCAAAUUAUUGUCCCAUUAAUAUUGUGCUCAGUAUUUUAAUUAUUUAAAUGAAUGUAGUUGAAUAUGAAUAUCUUGCUGCUAUUGUGCUUUUUAGUCCACAUGUUAAAUGUUUGGUCAUAGUAUAACAUUUUAUAUGCUGCAGUAUAUUAAUGAACAUUUUUAAAAAGA